CGGAUUGGUCAUAACAUAUUUUCAUUGUUACGAAAAGCACGUUUGAAACACUUAUAAUUUGAGACUUGUCUUCCGACUUAAUAUUUCUAAGAAUAAAAUUCAUUCGCCUCGCUAUUUGUACAGUUGUUUUAACUUACAAGUCAUAUUUAAAUGAGUAUUAAAUGCAUAUUUUUUCAGUGUUCUUCCAACUGUUGGGAAUAAAACGAAAUUAUAUCGGCCUUAGAUAAUGGCGCUCACGAUAUUAUUUAUUACGACGUUUAUAGCCGCUUUAGCUAACGCUAGUUUUGUAUGGCAAGAUGACAAUAAUCCAGGAAACCCCAAUAUGAAGUUUUUUAACAAUAAAUUUCCAAAAUUUCCGAAUUUUCCGAAUUUUCCACAAUUUCCAACAUUUCCCAGCAUACCACCAUUCCAUCACUUCACUUUUCCUCCCUUCCCCACAAUUCCUCCAAUUGUUGUACUGACUCCCGAAGACAUUGCAAAGAACAAGGGGCCCAAUUAUAAUGGGGUAAUGGUUAGCUCCGUCAGCUCUUCUACUUUGGACAAAGAUGGAAAAGUAAUUCACAAUAAUGAUGCCACCAUAAUAACCAAUAACGGUGGCGUGGUUAAAAAAUAUACAUUUGGAGACAACCCUUCAAAGGUUAACGUAGUGUACCAACCGCGAAUAAUGGUUCCAAAGAAACCAAUAUGGCAGCCUAUUAUACCAAUUCUACCAUUAGAUCCUGAAGUUCUUAAGGUCUACAAACCAGAAAAUAACGUGAACUUCGUCGGAACCUCUUCCGUGACGUUCUCCCAUGCUAGCGACGUCAACGGGGUUAAAAAUAACGCUGGAGGUACUAAAAUAAUUACAAAUGUCAACGGCAAUGUUGCGGAGAACAUUGCUGCGUUCCGCGAUAAUGAAGUGUAAA